AUGGAAGAUAUACUCAUUAAGAAGGAGAACAGAGACAACUGUCCGGAGGAUGGAGAACAGCCCCCAGAAGAGUAUCCCCUUUCAGCCAGUAUGGUUCAGGCAGAGCUGGCAGGAUCAUCACAUCUAGGAUCCCACAUUCCUCUCAGCUGCCGCAUCUUCUCAAGACUGCUCUUGGCCCUGCGAGUAUCUCAGACCCUAUUUCCUUUGGAUGACCUUGAUCAUUUUGAGCAGUUCUGGGCCUAUCUCAAAAUACAGUCACAUGAGGAGUUGGGGCUGCAACAAAUGAUUUGUCCUCCCCGGAGCUCUCCAAGUGCCCAUGCCUCCCCUACUGCCUUUGCCGCUGCUGCUCCCUUGAGCCAAUCCAGCAGCGAAGAAGGGGAGGGUCCGAGUACCUCCUGGGCCCUGCCAGGCACAGAGUCCUUGCCCAGAUCUGUGAUUAAUGAUAAGGUAGCUGAUCUGGUGGAGUUCCUGCUCCUGAAGUAUCGCACAAAGGAGCUGACCACAAGGGCAGAAAUGCUGAGUAGCAUCAUCAGAGAGCACCAGGACCACUUUGCUGUAAUCUUUAGGGAGGCCUCUGAGUGCAUGCAGCUGGUUUAUGGCAUUGAGGUGAAGGAAGUGGACCCCACCAGCCACACCUAUGUCCUAGUCACCAACCUGGGCCUCACCUAUGAUGGCAUGGUGAGCGAUGAGCACAGUAUGCCCAAGACUGGCCUUCUGAUACUCAUCCUUAGUAUAAUCUUCUCGGAGGAUGAUUGUGCCCCCGAAGAGAAGAUAUGGGAAGCACUGAAUGCCAUGGGGGUGCAUGCUGGGAUGGAGCAUAGCAUCUACGGGGAGCCCAGGGAGCUCCUCACCAGAGAUUGGGUGCAGGAACAGUACCUGGAGUACCAGCAGGUGCCCAACAGCGAUCCUGCACGGUACGAGUUCCUGUGGGGUCCCAGGGCCUAUGCUGAGACCACCAAGUUGAAAAUCCUGGAGUUUUUAGCCCAGGUCAAUGGGAGUGACCCCAGAUCCUACACACACUGGUAUCAGAAGGCUUUGAGAGAGGAGGAACAGAGAGCCCAGGCCAGAAUUAGCACCACAGAUGAUACUACUGCCAUGGCCAGUACAAGCUCUUCUGCCAUGGCCAGUAGCUUCUUCUGCCCUGAGUGA